GGCGGGGCAGGAAAUGGGUCCCGCCCCAGAGCGCCAUCACAGAGGCAGAAUCACCCGGGGGCCGUGGCGCCAUGGAGCUUCCGAUGGGGCUUUUUCUCCUCGUUCUCCACUUCGGGGGGGCCCUGGCGGGGCCGCCCCAGCUGACCCAGCCGUCUCCGUCCCACGUGGUGGACGAGAAGAUCCCGCGGCUCCACUGCCAGAUGUCGGGGAGCGACAUCACCACCCACGUCCUGUCCUGGUACCACCAGCCCCCCGGGCGGGGCCCCGUCUUCCUGCUGAGCCACCGGGCCGGGGACAGCAAGCCCGCGUACGGGGUCGGCAUCUCGGAGCGCUUCAUCGCCAGCCUGGAGCGCGACACCAACACCUUCAGCCUCACCAUCGGCAACGUCAAACCCACCGACGCCGGCACCUACUUCUGUGCCGUCUGGUACGCCAACCAGUACCUCUUCGGAGAGGGCACCCGCCUCAUCCUGGGAGGGGACCCCAGGAAGAAACGCCGGCCGCAGGUGGCCCUGCUGGGCCCGGCUCCGGCGCCCGGCCCGGCCUUCCUGUGCGUGGCCUGGGGGUUCUCCCCGGAGCCGGUCCGGCUGCGCUGGCAGGUGGACGGGCGGGAGCCGGGCCCCGGGGAGGCGUCGCCGCCGGCGGAGGGCCGGGAUGGGGCCGGGGCCGCCAGCCUGCUCCGGCUCCCGCCCCGGGCCUGGCUGGAGGGGGCCCGCGUGACCUGCCGGGUGGAACACGAGACCCAGGCCCAGCAGAGCAGCGGCGAGGUGAAGGGGGCCGGGCGCCGAGGGGCCCCCAGCCUGGGCCGGAUCCUGCUGACGGCCUGGUGCUGCUACCUGGGGUUGCUGGCCGCCAGCUGCCUCUACGGCCUGGGGGUCUCCCUCCUCCCUUAA